CUAAUACACUUCCACCGUUGUCGCCCCCAGAUAAGGCAUCAUGGGUGCGUACAAGUAUAUGCAGGAGCUAUGGAGAAAAAAGCAAUCGGACGUGAUGCGCUUCUUGCUCCGUGUCCGCUGCUGGCAGUACCGCCAGCUCUCCGCUCUCCAUCGCGCUCCGAGACCCACCAGACCUGACAAGGCCCGCAGACUAGGCUACAAGGCCAAGCAGGGUUACGUCAUCUACCGUGUGCGUGUGCGCCGUGGGGGCCGCAAGCGCCCCGUGCCCAAAGGUGCCACCUACGGCAAGCCCGUGCACCACGGCGUCAACCAGAUCAAGUUCGCUCGCAGCCUUCAGUCUGUUGCUGAGGAGCGUGCAGGCCGUCACUGCGGAGGUCUCCGGGUGCUCAACUCCUACUGGGUAGGUGAGGACUCCACAUACAAGUUCUUUGAGGUGAUACUCAUCGACACCUUCCACAAGGCCAUUAGACGCAACCCCGAUACCCAAUGGAUCACCAAGGCCGUGCACAAACACAGGGAGAUGCGCGGUCUCACGUCCGCUGGCAAGAAGAGCCGUGGCCUGGGCAAGGGCCACAAGUUCCACCACACGAUUGGUGGCUCCCGCCGUGCAGCCUGGAGGCGUCGCAACACCCUGCAGCUGCACCGCUACCGCUAAAGGGGGAGCUUCACAACUGUACAUUUGUCAGAAUAAAGUACCUUUUUAUGGUCCA